UUUGUCCGCCGUUUGGAGCGACAGUUCGCUUUCGAGUUCGCUAUAAACACAAAGCAUAGGCAUUAGCUCUACUGAAAAAUCAGAUUACGGCUGUCAAGCAGAAGGUACUGGAAACGAAACCAUUCGAGAAAUCAAAAUAAUCCCAAUCAAAGCCCAUCAAAUUGAAGCAGGCGACGCCUUCUGCGCCAGUGUGUGUAAAGGCAGCUAGAUUUUCAAUCAAUCGGCAAAGAGCGAGGCCCUAUUUAAAAUUGUACCCCAACUCAAGUCGCCUCAUUCUCAUUUGUGCAUUUCAAGCAAAACAAACUAAAAGUGUCAACAAAUUUGUUCUGUGAUUUCGUGCUAAAGACUUCUUCCAUUUCGACGAACAAAGAUGGUGAAAUUAAUCGCUAGCCUUCUCCUCUUGGCCGUGGUGGCCCAGGCCUAUGGAGAUUUCAAAUGCUCGUUGGCCGUGCCGGAGAUCACCAAGGAUUGGGUGGACAUGAAGGAUGCCUGCUUGAAGGGCAUGCGCCACCAGAUCCAGGAGGAGAUCAACGCCUCCUACCAGUACUUGGCCAUGGGCGCCUACUUCUCCCGCGACACCGUCAACCGCCCUGGUUUUGCCGAGACUUUCUUCAAGGCCGCAAAGGAGGAGCGUGAGCACGGUUCCAAGUUGGUUGAGUACCUUUCCAUGCGCGGUCAACUGACCGAGGGAGUCAGCGAUCUGAUCAACGUUCCGGUAAGUCUACACUCUCCUAACUCCCAAUCUGAAAGCAAGCUAAUCCUGGACAAUCCUCCGCAGACUGUGGCCAAGCAGGAGUGGACCGAUGGCGCCAGCGCUCUGUCUGAUGCCCUCGACCUGGAGAUCAAGGUCACCCGGUCCAUCCGUAAGCUGAUCCAGACCUGCGAGGGCAAGCCCUACAACCACUACCACUUGGUGGACUACCUGACUGGUGUCUACUUGGAGGAGCAGCUCCAUGGACAGCGCGAGAUUGCCGGCAAGCUGACCACCCUCAAGAAGAUGAUGGACACCAACGGCGAAUUGGGCGAGUUCCUGUUCGACAAGACCCUCCUGUAAGGAGGUGGAGAUCACCAUCAAGUGGAGCAGCCCAGUCACGCAUCAAAAUUUUAUCAGCCAGUCGAGUUCAUAAAGUGUUCUGUUGUUAUCUGUUAGCCGAGAGAGCCUUCCCCGAGGGUCCGCUAUGAAAUCACCACCAACCAAGUCAACGACUGGCCAAUAAAUUAUCCGUUCGACUGCGAUCCUCAAACCAGCACAUCAAAAUUCCACGUCUGUUCUUUCUUAUCAACGCACGCGAGGAGUCUUAUAAAUUCAAGUUCUUUGAGUUCUGAUUUACCGUACACCUCGGGAGGGGGCUCCGCAUUACGCAAUCGCUGAGAUUUCGCCUAGCCUUAAGUGGAAUCGCUCAUCCGCAUAGAAAGACACUCAAGCACAACCCAUUCAAUACAUCCUAUGUCUUUAUACUUUUCUGUCAAUUAGACGAGCAAAAUAUUAAAUAAAUAAACAAUAUAUGUGUAAUAAAGGAA